GUAGCAUCACUUCCGGAAUACGGCGGGAAAGAUGGCGGCUGAGUCAAACGAAUCUCAGACGGCAAUGAAUAUGGGGCCUACAUCGAGAGAUGAGCCUCCCAGCACAGAAGAAAUGGAGCAGCGACAGAGAAAGGCCAGCACAAGUUCAUCUGAGGAUGGAGAGCAUGAAGAUAAUGACCGCAGGAGGGUUGUUGGGUCUCCAGGCUCCAGAGAUGGAAGUCCACGAGUGGGCAGCCCCGUGGCGAGGGCAUCACCCAGAGCCAAACGUGAUCAGAAAUCCAGCGACUCUGACAGUGACAGCAGUGACAGUGAUGACGGUGUAAUGCGUAAGAUUAGGAGCAGUGUCAUGCAUAUCAGGCGUACCUCUGAUGAAGAGACCAAAAACAGAGAAAGAAGCUCCUCACCUGACCGGCAUGAAAAGAAGUCAAAAUCAAGAUCCCGCUCAAGAUCCCGCUCCAGAUCUCGCUCCAGAUCUCGCUCUCCUCGUGAACGUUAUAGAAGGGCUCGUAGGUCCAGGGAGCGAGAGCGGGACCGUUAUGGUGAUCGGGAGCGUUACGAGCGGCGCUCCAGCAGAGAGAGGGAUUGGGAACACAGGAGGAGGGGAAGGUCAGCCUCUCCAGACAAAAAUGAUAAACCUCCCACUGAGGAGCCUCCAGUGAAGAAGAGGAAGGAAACGCUGGACCCCAUCCUAACCCGCACCGGUGGGGCCUAUAUCCCACCGGCCAAACUGCGGAUGAUGCAGGCUCAGAUCACUGACAAGAGCAGUUUGGAGUAUCAGAGGAUGAGCUGGGAAGCCCUGAAGAAGUCCAUCAAUGGUCUGAUCAACAAAGUGAACGUUUCUAACAUCGCCAACAUUAUUCAGGAGCUGCUGCAGGAGAAUAUUGUGAGGGGCAGGGGUCUUCUAGCCAGGUCUAUACUUCAGGCUCAGGCUGCGUCUCCCAUCUUCACUCAUGUAUACUCUGCAGUGGUGGCCAUCAUCAACUCCAAGUUUCCUCAAAUUGGAGAACUUAUCCUCAAGAGGCUUAUCCUUAAUUUCCGGAAAGGUUACAGGAGGAAUGAUAAACAACAAUGUCUCACAGCGUCCAAGUUCGUAGGUCAUCUCAUCAACCAGAACGUGGCUCAUGAAGUCCUCUGUCUGGAGAUGCUGACCCUGCUGUUGGAAAGACCUACUGAUGACAGUGUGGAGGUGGCCAUCAGCUUCCUAAAAGAGUGUGGUCUCAAACUGACAGAGGUCUCUCCUAGAGGCAUCAACGCCAUCUUUGAACGUCUGAGGAACAUCUUGCAUGAGUCAGAGAUAGAUAAGCGUGUACAGUACAUGAUUGAGGUGAUGUUUGCCAUCAGGAAGGAUGGGUUUAAGGACCAUCCCAUCAUUCCAGAAGGACUUGACCUAGUGGAGGAAGAGGACCAGUUCACACACAUGCUUCCUCUAGAGGAUGAAUACAACACAGAGGACAUCUUAAAUGUUUUCAAGUUGGAUCCAAACUUCCUGGAGAACGAGGAGAAGUACAAGACAAUUAAACGGGAAAUUCUUGAUGAAGGAAGCAGUGAUUCUGGUGACGAUGCGGGCGGCAGUGGAGAUGAUGAAGACGAUGAUGAGGAAGAUGAAGAGGCGGCAGCUGGAGAAGAACAAGAGAAAGUCACCAUUUUCGACCAGACAGAGGUGAACCUGGUCGCGUUUCGUAGAACGAUUUACCUCGCCAUCCAGUCAAGCUUGGACUUCGAAGAAUGCGCCCACAAGUUGAUAAAAAUGGAUUUCCCCGAGAGCCAGACGAAAGAGCUGUGCAACAUGAUCCUGGACUGUUGUGCUCAGCAAAGAACAUAUGAGAAGUUCUUUGGUCUUCUAGCUGGGAGGUUUUGCCUGCUGAAGAAAGAGUACAUGGAGAGCUUUGAGGCAAUUUUCCAGGAGCAGUAUGAAACAAUCCACCGGCUGGAAACCAACAAACUGCGUAACGUUGCUCGAAUCUUUGCUCAUCUCCUCUACACAGACUCAGUUCCAUGGAGUGUCCUUGAAUGCGUUAGAAUGAGCGAAGACACAACAACAUCCUCCAGUCGAAUCUUUGUGAAGAUUUUGUUCCAGGAACUUUGUGCUUACAUGGGUUUGCCAAAACUAAAUGAGAGAUUGAAGGACACGACUCUCCAGCCAUUUUUUGAAGGCCUGUUUCCACGCGAUAACCCGAGGAACACAAGAUUCGCCAUUAAUUUCUUCACAUCUAUCGGCCUUGGAGGACUAACGGAUGAGCUGAGGGAACAUCUGAAAAACGCUCCUAAGAUGAUCAUGACCCAGAAUCAGGAAGUUGAGUCGUCAGAUUCUUCCUCAUCCUCCUCAUCCUCUUCAGACUCCUCUUCAUCUUCAGGUUCCUCAUCUGAAAGUGACAGCAGUGAAAGCGACUCUGAUUCGUCCAGUGACUCAGACUCUUCUUCCAGCAGUGGCAGCUCUUCAGACUCUGACUCCAGGCGCAAGAAGGCCUCAGGUAAGAAAAAGGACAAGAGCAAGAAAUCCAGCAAGGCAGCAAACCAGCGAUCUCCCUUAGAGGAACGACCCACCAAGAGACACGAGAACCGCCGUCAGGACGCCAGCAAAGAGGACCGACGUGGAUCUGAUAAACACAACAGAGAUCCUCAGCGGCGCGGACAACAGGACGAGUCACCUCCUGCUCGACCGAGAGGAGAACCAGAGCGCAUAAGAGGACAGAAAGAACCUCACAGACACGCUCAGGACCACCAGGACAGACCGACAGAUUCAGGCAGGCACAAGGACGACGGCAAAAACUCCCGAGCGAACAAGGACAAAGAUAGACGGCGGAGCAGGGAGAAGGAGCCUCUGCGGCGGAGCAGGGACAGGUCAAAGUCACGAGAGAGGAGCCGCAAAGAGAUGGACUCCAGGGACUCGUACGGAAACGGCUUAGAGAGGGCAGACAAAGAGAACCGCCAUUCUGACAGAUACAAAGAGUCCAGGAGGAAAGACGACAGGAGACACAGAUAGAAGGUGGAGUUGUUCAGUCCUCAUAAUUCUGUCCUGAUUUUAAGCUUCACUGUGGGUUUCACCUCUGUGCUUUUUGCUUAGCCUCUGUGUCGUUCUACAGUAAAGCCUCCUAAUGGUUUUUUUGAGCAGACCUUUGGAAUAACUCAUGCAUACACACUCUGAUGGUGGUGUGAAACGUGUUCCCGAGACGAAUUUAGCGGUUAAACUUGGACGUUUUGUAUUGUAUGUAUGCUCUUUGGCCGAUUGUAUUUUUGCAGUUGCUUUCAAAGUAAUUGGGAGAACAGAAAGAUUAAAGAUGACGUUUGAUAGAAA